AAAGUAAACAGAUAAAAAUAGAAACCCCCUCGCAAUUCACGGUUUUAAGUUGCGAGUCUUGACCACUACCUCAAAUUCCACACGAAAGCCUAACAGUAUCAGUUGAUACUCUGAAAAUACAGAGAGAGAGAGUAAGAUUUCAAUGGCGUUUCCAGUAGUCGACACCGAGUACCUUAAGGAGAUAGACAAAGCUCGUCGCGACCUUCGCGCUCUCAUUGCCUUGAAGAAUUGCGCUCCCAUCAUGCUUCGCUUAGCAUGGCACGAUGCAGGGACGUACGAUGUCAGCACCAAGACCGGUGGACCAAAUGGAUCCAUAAGGAAUGAAGAGGAGUACACUCAUGGCUCCAAUAGCGGCUUGAAAAUCGCUAUUGAUUUUUGUGAGGAAGUGAAGGUUAAACAUCCCAAGAUCACAUAUGCAGACCUAUACCAGCUUGCAGGAGUUGUUGCUGUUGAAGUCACUGGAGGUCCCACUAUUGAUUUUGUACCAGGAAGAAAGGAUUCGAACAUUUGUCCCAAGGAAGGGCGACUUCCAAAUGCUAAAAAAGGUGCACCUCAUCUGAGGGAUAUCUUUUAUCGAAUGGGUCUAUCUGACAAGGAUAUUGUGGCAUUAUCUGGGGGUCACACUCUGGGAAGGGCUCAUCCGGAGAGAUCAGGUUUUGAUGGCCCUUGGACCAAUGAACCACUGAAGUUCGAUAACUCUUACUUUUUGGAGCUGCUAAAAGGGGAAUCAGAAGGGCUAUUGAAACUUCCAACAGACAUGGCUUUGUUGGAUGACCCUGAGUUCCGCCGGUAUGUAGAGCUCUAUGCAAAGGAUGAGGAUGCAUUCUUCAUAGAUUAUGCAGAAUCGCAUAAGAAACUUUCAGAACUUGGGUUUACUCCUGCUUCCUCUCGCUCCAAGCUAAUUGUAAAGGAUAGCACCAUAUUGGCACAAGGUGCUGUUGGGGUUGCAGUUGCUGCGGCCGUGGUGAUCCUAAGCUACUUUUAUGAGGUCCGCAAAAGAAUGAAGUGAAGCUAGAUUAUUCGGUCUUUCUGGAACAAAACAUGCAUUGUCAAGUUAUCAAUUAGCAAAACUUGGUCCGAUCAUCUGACUGGCUAUGUAGUUGUUGUUUCUCUGGCAUCCUACGGGCCAUAUUCAUUGUCAUCCAGACAUAUUUGGUACUAUCAGUCAAAGAUGAAAAUUCAAAACGUUCUGCUCACAUUGGAGCAAAAUAACAAACAUAUGGAUAAUGCUCAGAGGCACUUCAAUCCAUGGCAUUUUUUAAUCUGGAAAUUGCUCUAUUUUCAUGUUUUU